GUCUCUUACGCAGCAGCGGAGCAGCGCGGAACGCUCGCGGAUACUGUGAGAGAAACACCCCCAAAAACAAUAAAUGCUAACGACAAACCAAGUGAGCGUUUAGCCUGUCGGGAAGGACACUCGCUGGCCGUCUCUACUCACUAUAUUAAUCUCCUGCAGCUGCUCGGUGACCAGCCAUAUUCCGCACUCGGUGACAGAUAGAUGAACAUAGCAAUGCCUGAAAAACAUGGCCCACAAAGAAGAUAAUGACGGGAAAGGGAGCUCCCACUGCACUGAACUGCACGCCAGCAUCCCUCGAACACGCCUGCCCAUUGUGUACCACCCAGACUACAACAUCACCUUCAUGGGCCUUGAAAAGCUCCAUCCGUUUGAUGCGGGGAAGUGGGGGAAAGUCAUUCACUUCUUGAAAGAGGAGCAGUUCGUCACCGACGGGAACAUCGUGGAAGCCCGUGAGGCGACUGAGGAGGAUCUGCUGGUGGUUCAUACCAAACGCUACCUCAACAGAUUAAAGUGGUCUCUGGCGGUGGCAACGAUCACAGAAAUCCCACCUCUGAUGUGUCUGCCUAAUUUUCUGGUGCAGCGGAAAGUGUUGAGGCCUUUGCGGACACAGACUGGAGGAACAAUAAUGGCCGCAAAACUGGCUGUCGACCGAGGAUGGGCUGUAAAUGUAGGAGGAGGCUUCCACCACUGCUCCAGCGACAGAGGAGGGGGCUUUUGUGCCUACGCCGACAUCACUCUGGCCAUCAAGUUUCUGUUCGAGAGAGUGGAAGGCAUCUCAAGGGCUACCAUCAUCGAUCUGGAUGCUCAUCAGGGAAAUGGACACGAGCGCGAUUUCUUGGACGACGGGCGAGUGUACAUCAUGGAUGUGUAUAAUCGCUACAUAUAUCCUGGGGACGGGUAUGCCAAAAGAGCCAUAAACAGGAAGGUGGAGCUGGACUGGGGCACCGAGGAUUCCGAGUACCUCCAGAAAGUAGAGCUCCACACCGAGGGGGCGCUGAACGAGGUCCACCCCGACAUCCUCGUCUACAACGCGGGGACGGACAUCUUGGAUGGGGACCCCCUCGGAGGACUCUCCAUAUCACCACAGGGCAUCGUGAAGAGAGACGAGAUCUUGUUCAGGGCUGCGAGGCGACGGGGCAUCCCCAUACUCAUGGUGACGUCAGGGGGGUACCAGAAGAAAACCGCCCGCAUCAUCGCCGACUCCAUCCUCAACUUGCACCGACAGGGCCUGAUUGGAGCAGAGGCCCUGGAGGGGGAGGAGUCAUCAUCAUCGCUGGUGACCUGCUUGAUGCGCGCCUCUGGAUCCGUUGGCUCGACAUCCACUGCUGUCUAAGACGGCUGUGACAUUUAAAAGGCACUCAAGUAACUUUAGCUUGAGCAGUUUUGUGUUUAUUUGAGAGUUGUGAAAGGGGGGGGGGAAUUACCCAGCGCUUGUUUGCACAUUUACACUAACAAAAGCCUUGGUAACUGUCUCCAUUUUGUAUGUAUAUCUUGGGAAUCACACAAAGGGAAUAAUGCUUCUAAAGACAAGACUAAAGAUCCUACUGAAACAAUAGCGCUCUCCCGAUUACAGCCAAAUUCACGAGUUCCCGUACGGAACAAAAAGAGAUGUUUUCAUCAGUUGGAGAAGGAUGAAUUUUAUGUUUAAUGGAUGUUCGGGCAGCGUUUUAGGCAAGUAUUCUGUCAUCUCAGGAAAUGUAAUAAUGUCAUUUGUGAAGGAUGUUCUUACAGAUACAUGGGAAAGCAUGUUAAUUCUCCUCAUAUUCUCAGUUAAUGAAGCUAAGAGGUGAAACACAAAAUGAUCGCACAUGAAAACUAAUCUGAUAGUGAUAUUUAAUGCGCUUCCAGAAGAUGUCUUCUUCAUUCCUCAUUGGUGUCUUGCUUUAUAACUUCAAGUGUAAAUUGGUGUUUUUCCUCUUGAUGAUAUUAUAAUCAUAAUAGAGUUAACAGUGUGUCAUAAAUCGGUUCAGCUAAUGAUGCGUUUUUGUGCUUGAAUCCACUCGUGUUUUCAUGUUUAAAGGGAUUCCAAUGAGAUUUGUUUUUCCGAAAGGUACUUAAGUGUUUUGUCACUUAAGUGUGAUCAAAUUUGAAAAUCUGAAAUGUGACUUUGAUCUGCAGACUGGAGUGCUCAAAGUCCAAACACGUGAACGUGUUCAGUAGAUAAUGAGCCGGCCUGUACAGUGGAGUUUUACUUCUCAUUGCUUUGCCAAAGUCAGACUAAUAAUGUUUACACACACAGCAAGUCGUGUUAAAGAAGACUAAAUAGAUCUUUUUAAAAAAAUGUUGGCUCAAUAUGAUUAUUGCACUAAGCCGUUUUAGUUUAGAAUCCUACCAAAACAUUUGUACAUGUUUUAAUUGAAUUAAGAUAUUAGCGCAAUUCAUGUUGCCUUUGUUUCAGAACUGAAAGUACUGUUAAUUUAAUGAGUAUUCUUGUCCUGGAUGUUAUUGGUUUUGGUUAUUGUUUUUGCUCAUAAGAUACAUACAUUCCUACAUAGCUACCCAUGGAUGCAUCCAUGAAACAGAGCAAUAGGAUAAUGACAACAAACAAGAUUGUUGUAACUUCCAGAAAUAUCUCUGAAAGUGCCAUAGUGGAGGAUCUGGCAGCUUCUAGCAGUGAGGUUGCAGAUUGCAACCAAAUGAAACGAGAAUAAAAAUGU